AUGGCGGCAUCGCCAGCGGCGGCGCCUGUGGAGGCGUUGGGCAGCAUCUCGCUGGAGGAUGGGGCCAACAGCAGCGACAGCAUAGAGAUCACUGGCAGCAGCAGUGACAACGACGCCGCAGCCGCCGUGGCCGCCGGGGUCUACCCCUACGGCACCGGCCGGAGCAGCGGCAGCGGUGGCGGCGGCGGCGGCAGCGGAGGGCCCGCGGUCGGCGCAGCGGCGGCGGGCUUUGGCAGCGAUCUGAACGCCGGCCGGCCCGAGUGCCGCGCGCUGUCGGUCGCGGCGCGCGGCGGGGCGGAGCGGGAAAUGUGCGCGCACGUGCGGCUGGCGCCGCUGCGGCCGAAGGACGCCGCGCCGCUCAAGGUGGCGGUGUCGCUGGGCGGCAGCCUGUUUGCGGCGCCGGCGGGGGAUUUUGGGCAGCUGCUGCAGUGGGGCAUGGGGGAGGGCCUGGCGGGCGGCGGAACGCUGCCGGCGGGCGGCCACAGGGCCGAGCUGGAGGACUGGGACUCUGCGCCCUGCGCGGAGCUGCGGCCGCGCGCGUCCCCGCUCGACCCGCCGCCGGAGGCUUCCAGGAGCGCCGUCACAUGCCUGGCCGCCCACCCGCCCUCGGGGCGCCUGUGGGCUGGAACCAGCGACGGGCGCGUGCACUGCUGGGAGGCGGCGCCGGGCGCGGCAGCGCGGUGGCUGCACUCGUGGGCGGCGCACUCGGGCAAGGUGAAGGCGAUUGCGGUAUCCCCUUGGGGCCGCGUCUUUACAGGGGCUGCGGCGGGCGCCAUCCGGCUGUGGAGCUACGAGCCGUGCUCCAGCCCCGUCCAGCCGCCGCGGCAGAUCCGCAAUCUGCGGAAGCUUCAAGGCGGCGUGCCACAUGGCAAGGUGUGCCGGCUGGCGGUCAGCUGCGGGGGCCGCGUGAUGUGGAGCUGUGGCCGGGAGACGCUCACCCUCUGGAGCGCGUAUAACGGCCAGCACCUGGGGACCAUCAACCCCGAGGGCCCGGAGAGUGUCGACGCAUAUGGCGGCGGCGGCGCAGCUCCGUUUGACCCGUCGGCGGUCAACCCGCGCUGCGGCCUUGACGUGCGGACGCUGCUUCGGGCGCGUGAGGCGGCGUUUGUGCCGGAUGAGGGGGAGGGGGAGGAGGCGGAAGACGCUGCAACGGAGGCGCUCAAGUCGGUGGCCAAAGGGGCUAUCAAGGCCGGCAAGCUCCUGGGGAAGCUAGGCAAGAAGCUGGAGGCGGCAGUCAACAGCGCCGCCGCAGCCGCAACCGCGGCCAGCGCCGGCCACCCUGCCGGCGGCAGCCCCCGCUCGGCCGCCUCCGCGGGCUACCCCGGCGGUGGCUUUGGCGGCGGCAGCACGGGCUCGACGCGCGGCAGGGGCGCAGACGCCGCGGACGCGGGCGCGGGCGGCAAGGCGGUGCGGUGGGGGGCGAUCAAGGCGCUCGAGCCGGCGGCGGAUGGCUGCGUCUGGGUGGGCUACAACAAGGGGCUUUUGGAAAAGUACUCUGAGACUGGGCAGCUUCUCUGGAGCUCCGGCGCGUUUGCUCCAGGCAUCACGUCCCUCGCAUCCGUCGGGGCCUCGAUCUGGGUCGGCGGCCUUGACGGCCGCGCGUGGGCGCUCGACGGCGGCAGCUGCGCGGCGCUGCGCGCGUGGCGCGCGCACUCGUUCCCGCUGUCCGCCAUCGCCGGCGGCGCGGGGCCGGCGGUGUGCACCCUCGCCCGCGACGGCGCGAUAAAGGCCUGGCCGUCAGAGGAGCCGCCGCCGGCCGAGGUCGCGGCCUGGGCGGCCGCGGCGGCGAGCGGCGAGUGCCUGCAGCAGCAGCGGCUGCGGGUGUUCGCCGGGACGUGGAACGUUAACGAGGGGCGGCCGAGCAGGGCGGGGCUGAUAGAGUGGCUGGGCGAGCGGUCCAAGGCGGCGCAGCUGGUGGUGGUCGGGCUGCAGGAGAUGGAGAUGGGCACCAGCAGCGUUGCAAUGGACCGCAUCUAUUCAAAUCUGGCUAAGGGGCGCCUCGAGGCCGGCAACAACAAGGCGCAGCUGUGGGCGGGCGAGGUGGCGGAAUGCCUUGCAGGCGGCGCGGCCGCGUGGGCGCGGGUCGGGCUGCGGCAGAUGAGCGGCAUCCUCAUCGUCGCGUUUGUCAGGUCUGAGCUGCGGCGCCACGUGGGGGAGGUCGCGACUGCAUCAGUGGCGUGCGGCGUGAUGGGCGUCGGGGGCAACAAGGGGGCGGUGGCCAUAAGCUUCAGCCUCAUGCGGCGGCGGGUCAUGGUGGUGACGUCACACUUUGCAGCGCACCAGGACAAGGUGCAGUCCCGCAACGCCGAUUACGCUAAGAUCGUCCGCGGCCUGCGCUUCCACAACACACCCAUCUCCGCGCACGCGGCCGGCGGCGACGACGGCGGCGGCGGCGGCGGCGAUCCAGACGGCAGCGGCAGUGGCGGCGACGAGUCCUGGGGCUCUGGCAUGCGGGACGCAGACCUGCUGAUCUGGGUGGGCGACUUCAACUAUCGGGUGGACGGCGCCCCGGACUUCGCGCCCCAGCCGGAGACGCCUGAGCACAGCCGCAACGACCAGCUGUACCACUUCGUUCACGGCAAGAUCUCUCGGCGGCACCACCUGGAGUUAUUGGAGGGCGACCAGCUCCUGCGGCAGGCGCGGCUGGGGGCGGUGUUUGUGGGCCUGGCCGAGGGCCCCAUUACCUUCAUGCCCACCUACAAGUUUGAGAAGGGCCGGGAGUCGAGCGAGCGCCAGCCGUUCUACGAUCAGGGGGAGAAGAAGCGCGUGCCCGCCUGGACGGACCGCAUACUCUUCAGGGGCGGCGCCGCGCAGGCCAGCCCGCUGCUGAUGCCCACAGCGGCGGAGCCAGAAGAAGUGCGGGCGGCGCUGGCUGAGCAGUCGGCGGGCAGCUACGGGUCCUGCAUGGAGGUCAACGACUCGGACCACAAGCCGGUGUACUGCCUGCUGGACGUGGCGCUGCCCGCAUUUGAGCAGGAGGCGUCGCGCCGCACAAGCCUGCGCGCUAUCGCGGCCGCCGCCUCGGCGCGCGGCGACGACCGGACGCUGCUGCAGCUGCAGCCGCAGGCGGUACGCCUGGACGCGGGCGGUGGCCACACGGGCGCUGUCCGCCUGCACAACCCGGGCCCCAGCCCAGCUGCCUUCACCCUCAUCGGCCCGCCGCCGUUUGGCGGGUUGCCGCCUUGGCUGGACGCGACCCCUGCGACGGGCGUGGUGCCUGCAGGGGGGACAGUCGAGGUGCUCCUGCAGGGCUGCCCGUUCCUGCCGCAGUGGGGGCUGGUCGGCCCGCAGGCCGUGCAGCUGUCGGUGGCGGCGUGCGCGCAGGGCGGCGCGGGCGCGGCGGCGUGGCCGGUGGGCGGCGCGAUGGCAGGGUUCACUGCCUCGCAGCUGACGGUGCGUCUGCAGUAA